ACAAGCAGUUCAGCUCCAACAGCAGCAGUACCACCAGCAGCAGCAACAUCGUCCUAGUGACAAGAACUGGCAAACAUGACCUCCAGCAACAUGAACAUGAUGGGCAAGGUUAUCUUCUACGAGGAGAGGAACUUCCAGGGCCGCUCCUAUGAGUGUAUGAGCGACUGCUCUGACAUGUCCUCCUACAUGAACCGCUGCCACUCCUGCAGGGUGGAGAGGGGCUGCUUCAUGGUCUACGACCGCACCAACUACAUGGGAAACCAGUACUUCAUGAGGAGGGGCGAGUACUCUGACUACAUGAACAUGUGGGGAUGGUCUGACUGCAUCAGGUCCUGCCGUAUGAUCCCCAUGCACAGAGGUCAGUACAGGAUGAGGAUCUACGAGAGGGAGAGCUUCCAGGGCCAGAUGCACGAGAUGAUGGACGACUGUGACAACAUCAUGGACCGCUACAGGAUGUCCAACUGCAUGUCCUGCAACGUCAUGGAUGGCCACUGGCUGAUGUACGAGCAGCCCAACUACAGAGGAAGAAUGAUGUACAUGAGGCCCGGCGAGUACAGGAACUUCAUGAACAUGGGAUGGAGCGGCAUGAGGUUCAUGAGCAUGAGGCGCAUCAUGGAUUCCUACUACUAGACGACAAAACAAAUCUAAGACAAUUAGUGACUAACCAACCUAUUUGCAGCAAUAUACACUGGGUGUUGACUGCAGCAAAUGGAUGAGGACUGACAAUUACUGAACUGCACACGCAGUUACAACCAAUGUCUUUCUUUAAGCAAACACUAAUAAAGUCUACUUUGUUAUAAAACCAA